AUGUCAUACGAUCGCCUUGCAAGCAUGGAGGCCGGCCGGUCCGGCGGAUACAGUGACGACCCUGCGUUCCGGGACCUUCAGUCGGAGCUGAAGGGCAAGCUGCAGACGCUGCUCACCAACAACCGCAAGCUGUCCAACGACCUCACUGUGCUCGGCACCAAGAAGGAUACGCCCCGCCUGCGAGAGCGCGUGCACAACACGAUGGAGAAGUCGCGCGAGAUCUGCCGCGACAUUGGCGAGGGCGUUAAGAAGUUUCAGUCCUGGGAGGACCUGUCCAAACAGCAAAAGUACGAGCAGACCAAGAUCUCGAGCGACUUCCAGGCGGCCUUGCAGGAGUUCCAGGGCCUGCAGCGUAAGGCCCUCGACAAGGAGCGCGCCUCGGUGUCGGCGGCCCGCGCGGUGCAGGACGGCAGCGGAGACGCCGGCGCCGGCGAAGGUGCCCAGCUGGAACAGCUGCAGCGCCAGGAGUUCGUCCAGGUGGCGGACCAGGACGAGGUGGACUUCCAGGAGGCGCUCAUUAUCGAGCGCGAGGAGGAGAUCCGCAACAUUGAGCAGGGCGUCGGCGACCUGAACGUGCUCUUCCGACAGGUGGCGCACAUUGUCAGCGAGCAGGGCGACUCGCUCAACACCAUCGUGGACAAUGUCGAGAACGUCCGCGACGACACUAGGCAGGCCGACAUUGAGAACCGACAGGCGGCGCGGUACCAAAAGGCCGCCAGAAACAAGGGGUUCUGUCUGUUGCUGAUCCUCGGCGUCAUCUUAACGAUUGUCCUGCUGGCCAUUCUUCUGGGUUAA